AUGGAUGGAAAUUUCAAAGCUGAGCAUCUCCACCUGACAAAUCCGGACUAUGAAGUUUGGCUCAUAGACGGCCUUAGGUUCUUGGCUGUAGCAACGGAUUCAAUGCAAAGGUCCGAGUGCAACAACCACAGGGCGGUGAAUCAGGCCAAUGCAUCUCGGCACAAACUGGAAGCUACAAGCAUCGGUGGAUGUGUGUGUACCAGACACAGAUGCUUUGUCCCUCAUUCCAUGGUAUAUUUUCAAAAGGGUGAGAGGCAAAUGAACAUGGACUACGUGCUUUGCAAUGCUCUCGGGUACAACACUGAAGGAUUGGAAACUGCUUUGACAUUUUAUGACAUGAAUUGCCAGUACAACAAAUAUCUAUUGCAUGGGGUCAAGGAGAGCCCAUAUCUGGCAAUCCCAUUUGGAAUGGAGAUCAUCCCGGGAAUAGGUCUUUGGCAUGUGCAUGGUCACCAGGACCAGUGCUAUGCAUAUUCCUUUGUCGGAAAUACAAAGAAGCCAAGCAAGGUGCUGCCGAGAGCAGCGAAGCCUUCGACAAAUUGA